UCACUGAGAUUUUGUAGAAGUUCAUGCAUUUAUAGAUUUCUGCUCUGUAUGAAAAAAGCAUUCUGUGGCUGUGAUGUUUGGGGGAAAAUGAUCUCUUUCAGUGAAAUGACAAAUGUGUUGCAUAUUUCCUGUUUUGCAUCAUAGACAUAACAUGUCAAAGUGACAUCAUGAGAAAAAGCUGUAAAGACUUGGAGCAUCACAUUCUCACGUCUCUGGACUGAUUUAGUAAGAGCGUUCGUGGCAUCUACAGUGACGAUGACGUGGACGGUGGGUCUCAGUAACCUGGUGUUAGCGGUCUACGGAUUCACGCUGAUCAUAGGCCUUCCCGCCAACAUCUUGGCUUUUUACACUUUCUUCCAGAAAGUCCGCCAACAAUCCACCCCGAUGGACGUGCUGUUACUCAGUUUAACCAUCUCUGACCUGAUCUUCCUCUUUUUCCUGCCAUUUCGCAUGGUGGAGGCGGCAAACAUGAAAUGGACGCUGCCGUACUUCCUCUGCCCGCUGUCAGGAUUAAUCUUCUUCUCCACCAUCUACAACAGCACCUUCCUCUUGACGGCCAUCAGUGUGGAGCGAUACCUGGGUGUAGCUUUCCCUAUUAAAUACAAGCUGAAACGCAAGCCUCGAAAUGCCGUGAUAGCCAGCGUCAUAUUCUGGGUGGUUUCCAUGGCGCACUGCAGCAUCGUCUACGUCAUGCAAUACCACAACUAUUUCAACCCCAACAUCACCGAUCCAUCGACGCGUAACACCUGUUAUGAAGAAUUCAGUGAUGAACAGCUCAAGAUCCUCCUGCCGGUUCGCCUCGAGCUUUCUAUUGUUUUCUUCUGCAUUCCUUUCCUCAUCUGCUGCUUCUGCUACAUCAACUGCAUCUGCAUACUUUCCCGUCUAUCCAAAGUUCACGCCAAGAAGCGGUAUAGAGCUAUCGGGAUGGCACUGGGAACGCUUCUGGUCUUUGUUAUCUGUUUCAUGCCCUUCAGCAUCACACAUGUGGAAGGAUAUUUUGGCGGCUACAGCGCUAAUUGGAGAAAAUAUGCUCUGCUCACCAGCACGCUAAAUGCAUGUCUCGACCCUUUCAUAUUCUACUUCUCUUCUUCAGCACUCAGAGAGACUUUCAAGAAGGUGUUGCAGGAGCUGGUGAGGUGGCUGCUUCUUCCCUGCUGCCGCUCGGCUCUCUGCUGCCCUUUAUUCAACCGUGGGAAAUCAGAGGAGAGAACACAGAGCUCUGAUGACAACAUCCGCUAACAUAUCAUGCCAGGUUUUGCAUUGAUUGUUGUGUUUUGCAUUUUCUGCAUAUGUCUUUAAUGCAUGCCAUUCUGUCCAAAGCCAGUUCAUUUAAUUCUAUUACGCCACCAUGACCUAAUGCUUUAUGGAUAGACAGAAGAGGAGCAGCUUAAAAAUGGUUUCUGGAAGAAAAUCAAGCAAGCAUUAACAUGCUGAUUGCACUUAUAUUCUACUUAAAGGGUUAGAUGACCCAAAAAAAUGAAAAUUCUGUCAUUAAUUACUCACCCUCAUGUAAUUCCAAAUGGGAACACUGGCUCAUUAUUGGCUGGCUCCUGCGUCAGAAUCACACGCAUGUGUCGUACUGCUCACAUGAACAGUGUUGUCCAAAAUUGAGCCGGUGUUCGGAUGUAGAACCCGGAAGUGCUGCACUGUGUUUACUACUUGAACAGAAUAGGAGACAUGACAUGGAAGAGAAGAAAUUGUUUAAUAAAGUCUUUUUUUGUGUUUGUUUUUUGCACACAAAAAAAUAUUCUCGUCACUUCAUAAGAUUAAGGUUGAACCACUGCAUACUAUUUUAACAAUUUUUUGAAAGUUGUAAAAACAUUACAGUCUGUCAGAGGUCAGAAAGCACUCAGAUUUCAUCAGAAAUAUCUUAAUUUGUGUUCCAAAGAUGAAUGAAGGUCUUAUGGGUUUAUUGAGUAAUUAAUGACAGAAUUUUCAUUUUUGGAUGAACUAACCCUUCAAAUCUACGCAGCAGUGCAAUUUUAUUCACAAUGAAAUAAAGAGCUCGAACGGUUUGUGAACAAAUUACAGUACAAAAUCUAACAUUUGAACUAAUACGCAGCAUUCACUUACAGCAAUGCUACAAACAAUCAAUUAAACAAAGAUAUUUUGAUGCAACUUUAUAAAACACUGUUUUUGUUACUAAUUUUUCAAUAAAAUUUGUGAUUAUACUUCUGUUCUUUAUCGCUCCAUUCUGAACCAUUCACUCAUUGCACAUGAAUGCUGUUUAUUUAUU